AUGCCCAAGGAGGAAAGUAUGAAGCCUUCCAUUGAAGAUACUCUAUCUUUGAAACUCAAGCAACUUUUGGAACACUUGGGGUAUGCCUUUCUAAUGGAAGGAUCCAAGCUACCAAUAAUUGUCAGUUCUACAUUACUGAAUGAUCAGAAGGCUAAGUUAUUUGAAAUCAUGAGAAGCAGGCAAAGGGCAAUAGCUUGGAAGAUUAUAGAUAUAAAAGGAAUUAGCCCUUCUUUUUGCACACGUAAGAUUCUCAUGGUAGAAGAGUUUAAAUCUGUGGUGCAACCUCAAAGGCAUCUCAAUCCUAACAUGAAGGAAGUAGUGAAAAAGGAGGAUAAAGCAAAAGAUUGGCUCUAUUAUCUACCUUCCAGUUCAAUAACAACAUGGAAUGAGAUGAAAAGAUUGUUUUUAGACAAGUUCUUCCCUGCAACAAGAGCUGCCAACAUCAGAAAAGAAAUUUGUUGCAUAACACAGUUCACUGGAGAAACAUUGUAUGAGUAUUGGAAAAGGUUCAAGCAACUGUGUGCUAAAUGCCCACAUCAUCAAAUCUCUCCACAACUCCUAAUCCAAUAUUUCUAUGAAGGAUUAUUGCCAAUGGAUAGGAGCAUGAUUGAUGCAGCAAGUGGUGGAGCUUUGGUAGAUAAGAUGCCUGAAGAAGCCAAGCAAUUAAUUUCAAACAUGGCCGAAAAUUCUCAGCAAUUUGGUACAAGAGCUGAUGGAGCUACAAGGCGAGUUAAUGAGGUGUUGGUAAGAUGUGAUGAGACGAACUUGGUGUUGAAUUGGGAGAAAUGCCAUUUUAUGGUACAAGAAGGCAUUGUGCUGGGACACAAAAUCUCUAGUAAAGGAUUUGAGGUGGAUAGAGCCAAGAUUGAGACUAUUGAGAAACUAUCACCCCCCCCAUCUGUCAAAGCUAUUAGAAGUUUUCUUGGGCACGCGGGUUUUUAUCGUAGGUUCAUUAAAGACUUCUCUAAAAUAGCUAGACCUCUUACUAGACUUUUGGAGAAGGAUGUUGACUUUAUAUUUGAUGAGGAAUGUAUAAUAGCCUUCACCUCCCUAAAAGCUAAACUCGUUAAUGCCCCAAUUAUGGUAGCGCUGGAUUAG